AGAGCGGGGCCAGGGCCCCGGCAGUCGCGAGCGCGCCGCCCGCACGGUCGCACGCUCACGCAGACACUGUGUGUUACGUCACGGCGCACACUCGCCGCGACCUCCGUGGCGGCGUGCGUGCCAGCGCCCGCUCGCGGGGCGCGACCCGCAGUCCCGAAAGCUCCCACUCACUGCCGGCGACCCGCUAAACUCCAUAUAAAAAAAUAUUACCGAGUGCUACUUUCACGAAACUGCAGUAGGCGUGUUAUUUCACAGCUUUCAACCUCAGCAGUCGAAGCCACUACUCGCUUCUCUUCCAGUCGAAUUGACGAACCGUUGUCCCCUCCGUAACUUUCGACAGAGUGCUCGAAUUAAAUAAUAACAGCUGCGCGGUACCUGUUGUGUUUUGUUUGGUGUGCUGCCACCCCUCGAGAGGGGUGCGCUGUGUUUUUGCGAUGAGGCGGUGGACGGCUGUCUAGCGAUGGUGAUGCGACGUCCGAAGAUGUCGGUGGAGAAGACAUCGCGGCUCGUGAUGCUGUCACCCCUGCUGCUGCUUUUACUGGCGCCGGGGAUGUCGUUAGGCGUCACACACUCCAAAGGGCUGCAGCUGGGCACACCGCUGCGGCCGCCGCGCAUCACGGAACACCCGACAGACGCGACGGUGCCGCGCCACGACCCGGCCACGCUCAACUGCAAGGCGGACGGUGAGCCCGAGCCGACCAUCGCCUGGUUCAAGGACGGCGAGCCGGUGCGCACGUCGGCGGCGGACGUGCGCUCCAGCCGAGUGCUGCUGCCCACGGGCUCGCUCUUCUUCCUGCGCGUCGUGCACGGCCGCAAGGACUCCGACGCCGGCGUCUACUGGUGCGAGGCGCGCAACGCCGCCGGCGUCGCCAAGUCGCGCAACGCCACGCUCGAGGUCGCCGUGCUGCGCGACGAAUUCCGUGCAGAGCCAAAGAACACGCGCGUGGCGCAGGGGGACACGGCACUGUUGGAGUGUGGUCCCCCAAGGGGUCAUCCCGAGCCCUCAGUCACGUGGCGCAAGAACGGCCACCCGCUCGACCUCGACUCCAACAAGAGGCUACGGCUGGUGGACGGGGGCAACCUGGCCAUCACGGACGUGCGCCAGAGCGACGAUGGGCGCUACCAGUGCGUCGCCAGGAACUCGGCCGGCGUCCGCGAGUCCGGCACAGCACAGCUGCGGGUGCACGUCCGGCCGUUUCUGGUGCGCGGCCCGGAGGACGCGGUGUCGCUGGCGGGCGGCGCGGUGCAGUUCACGUGCCGCGUGGGCGGCGACCCGCCCCCGGAGGUGCUGUGGCGGCGCACGGCGGGCGGCGGCUCCAUGCCGCUGGGCCGCGUGCACAUCCUGGAGGACCGCAGCCUGCGCGUGCAGGACAUCACGCCCGAGGACGAGGGCGAGUACAGCUGCGAGGCCGACAACGCCGUCGGCUCCGUCACCGCCUCCGCCACCCUCACCGUGCACUCCCCGCCUUCUCUGACGCUCCGGCCCGCUGAGCUGACGGUGGAGCAGCGCCGCGACGCCGUGUUCGAGUGCUCGGCGUCGGGGAAUCCCCGUCCGUCCGUCUUCUGGUCCGUGUCCGGUGCCAAGGCGCUGCUCUUCUCCGGAGCCUCCAACGGCCGCUGGGCCGCCUCCACCUCUCCUGAGGGCAGCGCGGUCCUCACCCUCCAGGGCGCGACCCGCAACGACUCGCGCAGCUGGGUGACGUGCUCGGCGGUGAACGCGGCCGGGUCUGCGGUGGCGCGCGCGCGCCUGCGCGUCGUGGCGCCGGAGGACCUGCCGCCGCCGGUGAUCGCGCUCGGCCCCGCCAACCAGACGCUGCCCGUGCAGUCCGUGGCGCUGCUGCCGUGCCGCGCCGCGGGCAGCCCGCCGCCCGUCAUCACGUGGUACCGCGACGGCGCGCCUGUGCUGGCUGGCCCGCGCGUCAACGUCUCCGCCUCCGGCACGCUCCAGAUCAACGACCUGGAGAAGCGAGACAGCGGCCUGUACACGUGCGUGGCGUCUUCGCGGAGCGGGAAGGCCACCUGGAGCGCCAACCUGCGCCUCGAGCUGCCCACCAACCCCAACAUCCACUUCUUCCGCGCGCCUGAGCCGUCCACGUUCCCCGGUCCGCCGAGCCGGCCACACGUCGUCAACGUCACCGCCUCCAGCGUCACCAUCCAGUGGACGCGCAACAACAAGAUCGGCUCCUCGUCCCUGCUCGGCUACCAGGUGGAGGUGUUCGGGCGUGACGAGUCCGCGGGCGGCGGCGGCGGCGGCGGCUGGGUGGUGUCGGCGCGCCGUGUGCCGGGCCCCAGCUACACGCAGCACCACCUGGCGGCCGGCGUCACGUACACCUUCCUGGUGCGCGCCGAGAACUCGCACGGCCUGUCGCCGCCCAGCCCGCUGUCCGACCCGGUGACGGUCCCCGCGGGCGCCGCGGGCGCAGCCAGCAGGGCGGAAGAGGAGCGGCUGCUGGCCAGGGCGACUGCCAGCCUGCUGGCCGGGCACAUCGUAGAGCUGGCCGACGCCCAGCCCGUCGCCUCCACCGCCGUCAAGCUCGUCUGGGAGAUCUUGAGUGCAGAGUUUGUCGAGGGCUUCUACAUAUACUCAAGGCCACUGGAUGGAGUACGCAUGCCAGGAGCCUACAAUGUGCUGACAGUGCUGCAUGCUGGAGAAGCAUCAGGUUUCCAAGUGUCCGGCCUAGCAAAGUAUACACGCUAUGAGUUCUUCCUUGUGCCCUUCUACAAGACUGUUGAUGGCCGUCCUUCUAACUCGAGAACUGUACGCACACUGGAAGAUGUUCCAUCUGAACCACCAACACAAAUAGAAGCUACUCUGUUAAAUGCCACUGCAGUGUACCUGAAAUGGAAACCACCACCUGCAAGCUCACACAAUGGUGUUCUGAGAAGCUAUCAGGUUGUGGUACGCACAGGAGGAACUGCUGAAAGCAAUACUUCAAGGGUACUCAGCAAUGUGACAGUGAGUGCAACGAGCCCCACCCUGCUGCUGACCAACCUAACUGCAGGUGUGACAUACAUUGUCCAGGCAUCUGCUGUCACCCGAGCUGGUCCAGGGCCAGCCAGUGCUCCAGCCACUCUCAGGCUUGAUCCUGCCUCACGGCUACUGCUCAGAGACCACCAUAACAGGCAACCUGUAGGAAAUGAUCCAAGCCUAAGCCCUGGAAUUAGUGGAAAUGACUUCCUCACAGAGACCUGGUUCAUUGCUUUGCUGGGAAGCAUGGUUGCAGUAAUGGCAUUGCUUUUUGCUUCCAUGUUCCUUGUGAGACGCAGACAACUCAUGGCAAAAAAAUCCACUUUGCAUGAUUCACGGCCAAAUACCAGUGUGCUUCCUGCUCCUUUAAAUCUAAAAGCAGCAGUCGGUUUGACACCCAGUUCCCAUGACUCUUCGCUCUGGAUAGAAAAUCGCCCAACCCCUAGCUGUUGGAGAUCAUCAGAAACACGCACCGUAACUACUGGUGGCUCUGUAACACCAACAAUGAAAGAAUGUAUAGAUAAUGGAAUGCUUGAACCCACUCCAGCAUAUGCAGAAACCGGGAUUCGGUCAACACCGUCUUACGAAGCAGGAGACACACAAGCUGAAAAUGAGCACAUGCCAGCUUAUGCCGAGGUAGAUGCUGCACAUACCACAUUAAGCACUUUCCAAGGUUAUAGAAGUGGUGAUGAAAGUCCAGCUCCUUAUGCAACAACCACCUUGGUUGGCAGCUCACGGCACAAUAUUGGAAAUGUGGGCUGGCAUCCGACUUGUCACCCAGUAGAUACGGAUGAAACGGCCUACCCUCAGAAUUCCAAUGGCUUCUUUGGAAGAAAUGUAUAUUCUGAUUCAUAUUUUUUUAGUGCACAGUGUGCAAAUGGAUAUGCACUUCAAACAGGACUGCCAAGCACACACAACAACGUUACAGGAAGAAAGGCAAUGUCAGAGAUGGGUCCAAGUAAUGGUCCCACUCCAUCACCUACGCCAACAAGUACACUUCGAAGGAUACAUCGGAGAUCACAGAAAUCCAUUCCAAGACCUGAGCAUCAAGAAUAUGCGAAUCAAGCUCAGAGCAAUGGUCUAAGGGAAAGUCAGUGCUUUUCUGAACCACCUCCAGAUGUCAUCACACCUCCUUCGCAACAAACAAACAAUAGCAACCAGAUGCAGCCAUCAUGGAAAGGACACACAACGUGUGGGGUGAAGCCAAUGUUGUUAUUAACUUCAGUGCCCAACACAGAACCAUACAAAGGGUCACAAAUAAUUAAAGACUUGCCACAUGCAACAAAUAAUUAUAAUGCUCACAGUCUGUCCAGCUUUGCGGUGCCUUAUCCUGCCUAUGCACCAAUCACUAGGCAUGGACAGUAUCAAUCAGUGUAUCACCAGUCAUCUCAAAGUGAACCUGGCAAUCACAACAGUCAUGGCACAUAAACUACCAUGUCAUACUGUAUCUGUUUUGUAAAGCAUGUUCAAACUAUGUCAGCUCAGUGACUGAUAAUCAUUUAAAAGGACAAUGUAUAGUUUUCCAUUUAAAUGAGGUGUACAUCAUUUGAUAAGAAGAAACCUGACUUUUUAUGAGAUCUGUACAUACUCCCAGUUAAUAAAUUUAUUUUUACCAUUGAAUCCUUACCAUUGUAUAAUUCAAAAUACUAUGAUGAUGCUGAGAGAGAACAAGCUGUAUUUGGUAUUGGAAGUAUUAAGACAACUAUAUGUACUGUAAAUGUCAUGAUCUGUUGAACUUUUAGAGAACUGAACUAAGCAAGAAAAUAUUAAUACUGCUCUCUUUAUGAACUGACUAAACCUAAUGUCUGUUCCCCUCCAUUAUGUUUCAAGUCAAAUAUCAUGACAACAUCAAAUUCUUUCAGCCAUAGCACUUCUACAAUUGUCUAACUGUGAUAAAUGUGUUAUUAUUGCUGUUGUUACCCUUUUUAUACUCAUGGACUAUAUGUAUGCUACAAGAGAUUUAUUUCCUUUAUUGCUUCUUAUUCCAGCUUACAUGUUGUGAAUUGGUAACAGUAAUAAACAAAUGGACAAUGUCACUAUCAGGAUCAAAAAUUUUUGAAUGUAGAUAAGUGUAUACAUCAUAAAUGAAUGCAUUUUCAGCUUGAAGGUCACACUAACAUUUUUUUUCCUUGUAUGUAAAAAUGUGAAGACAGAAUUCAUGACUUUAGUGAGGUCUUAUGUGUUAUAAAAGUUAUUGUGAAGACUGGCAGGCAGGCAGCAUAAAUAAAGGACAAAUGAAAAUAUAUCUAAUAACUGCAUUUCUUUACUGAAUACUGAGUUGUUUCUUGACAGAGUUGCAUGCUAAUCAGUAACUCAGUGUUAGUACAAUUUUCAAGCAGACCUAUUUGUGGCAAAUAAUAUUUAGUUAGAAAAUUUUAUUUAAGAUGAUGUCCCUAGCAUACAUUAUCCUUCAGAUCACAAAUCCCUGUAGAAAAAAUAAAAAAGAAUAACACACACACACACACACACACACACACACACACACACACACACACACAACAUUAAAAAAGAUAUAUAUUUAGUUGUUGUGAAAUGAAGAGUUUAAAAUUGUGAUAUCCUAGGAUUAGGCUUGAGAGACUUAUACGGAAUUACCCAGCAAGUUAAGAAAAAUGGACUGUCAGUUGUACAUUACCAAUGUCUGAUCUGAAAAAGUUUUGAAAACUAAAAGAUGUAAUUAAACUGUGACCACUUACUUCCAGCUGCUUGUGAAAAUCUCUUAUCUUCUUCCAUAACUAGUGUCGAGUAAAUCUCCAAAUUACCUUCUGGGGCAAGCUAUUUAUUCAACUGUCAUGUCCCAUAGAUUGCAUCACGAAGGAGAACCUUAAGGAAUGUGGAACAAAUCAGGUACACAGCAACAUAGUUAAAACAGAUAUUAGAAACAGCAUCUAUAAUUAAUUAUCAUUAAUAUGUGAUAGAGCAAUACAGCGUAGUAAAAGGUCUACACUUUGGUCUAACAACUUGAAAAAUAAAAUGUAAACGAUAGAAAUAAGUUCCUUUGAUGUUGUCUCUACCCGUCAGUUGUUUUCAUGAAGGAAAGGAUCCUCAAAUGAAACUUUAAUGAACUAUGGUAAAGGUAUUUUUAGCACACUGUGUGCAGCUAACAGAGACAAAAAAUUAUUCAAAUGCUAGAAUUUGAAACCAAAAGUUCCUUCGUCUGGGUACUAGCCCUUAUUUCCUACAAACCUUUCCUCUUCAUCUAGGUAAAGAAACCUCUGAUUCUGAGCUUUUUGGUCAGACUAAAGCAGCAAAACAAAUCACAUUACCUACCAUUAGGAAAGUGAGUGCAACCAGUGACAGUGAUAUGAUUUAUAAAGUAUAGAACGCAGCAAUGAGUCAUCCUUUUUUUUCCAGGUUUUAUUUCGCAAAUGAAGAUUUUGUCUAGUGUCUAGCCAUUAUCAAUGCACUAUUUUCUAUUCUUGAUGCAAGGCAGUUUCCUGCCGUUCAGGCGUCAGUCACAUUUCUCUGAAUACUCAGUACUGACAUGCAUCAGUACUAGAAAAUAGUGCAUUGAUAAUGACUAGGCACUAGCUGAAAUCUGGAUUUUCCAAAUAAAACCUGGAAAAAAAGGGGGGAGGGGGGCAAAUGUGCUGCACUCUAUAAUUUAUAAAGCAAAACAUAUGCUGAAAUCAAAUAGGUGCCUAAGCUCUUAGUUAUUUACAGUAUAACAGGAGAAGCAUACGAAUAGCUCUGAACAACAAUACAACAUGACACAACAUCUAAACAUCCAGAUUACAUAAUGCUUUGUGUACACUAUUUCAGGUAAAACUGUUAUUGCAUAUUAUACAAAUGGCAUUUUUUGUUUUUCUGAAACAACUUCCAUCACAACACAACAAUAGAUUUAGCUGAAUAUUUCACACAUCGCAUUUCUUGGCAAAUAGAUUCAUUGCUCUGUUGUCUCUUUUGAACUGUCUCUGCAUUCUCAUAACUUUCCUGAUACAAUAUUACUAGAACACUAGUUGUUCAUUUCCAUAAUUCAUUGUAAUAUUUUGUACAGCGUCAACCAUUCAGAGUUACUUAAAUACUUGAAGUUAAACUGCAACUCUUCUACAAUUCACAUUACACCUAUACACGCAACAGACUGUCAUAUCUGUAAUGGUUCAGUGACCACCACUGCUCUGUGGUUACCAAUCUCUGACUUUUUACUUAUGGUGUCAGUGCAGCUAUCAUAAGAAUUGCAUAUCACUAUUUUACAAAGAGCUUUGUAUUUAUAAUUUGCCAUACAUGUAUAGUUGUGUAAGUCAGUGGUCAGCAAGUUAAAGUCAAAAUUGGACAAAAACUGUAUCUGAUUAUUAGUGCAAGUACAGUAACAACAUACAGCUCUUAACACAAUCAAAGUCACCACUUUCACAUCCUUUCCCGUCAUUUAACACUGUACACUACAAUAAGUACUCUUAAUUUGGUUGUCACAACAGUAGUGUAUAUAUGCUUAUAACCAUCUAGCAGUGUGCCAAACAUAAGUGAACCAAAAUUAUAUGAAAGAUUUGAAUUUAUUCUAUUUUUUAAAUUUUAUUUAUUUUAUCCUCAAAAUCCAGUUGUGUGCUGUUACAGAGCCAUAAACCAGGUUGCAGUUAACUUACUAGCAUUCUCUUCCAUUAUUAUUAAUGUUUUUUUUUUCUUUUAUUUUUUAUUGUUUGCCACCAAUAGAAGUCACAACAGAAAACAUAUGUACUUAGUGCAGACCCCCAGAGCUGUAAUUAAGAAUAUAACAUAGUUACUGAUUACAUUUGUUGUCUAAAAAUAAAAUGCUGUCCUAUAGAAAUAGGAAUUACAUUGUGUUUUGAGUCUGUGUCAUGAGUAUUCUCGAAAGGAAUAUUUUACAGGAUCAAACCCCUGUUGUUUAGCUCAUGAGAAUAUAAGAGGAAUUUCUUCAAGUUAAAGAUCAUAAAAAUUAAAAAAUGAUGCAAGCAAGCAAACAAUGAAGGCUGUCACAGAAUCAAUAAAUCUGUCAGAAUCUGUUCUUCCCUGUAGUUCCAAGAGAAACAAAUUUUUGUUACUUUCUCUCAUAUUUAGACUAUGGUUCAACAACGUAGUAUUAGUAAAAGAAAUUGUCAGUUUUGUUGUCCUUUUUUUCUACAUUACACACAUUUUUCUUACAAGAACUGUCAUACAUCCUACUAAAUGUUAAAUCCCUUUCACAGCUGUUGUGUUAAAUGUAAGACAUAAAUGGGGAAUUCAGAGUAGAACAAUUCAGUUACUCAUAUAUCUAUUUAAACUGAAAUUUUGCAUUCUUAUGGUCAUAUGAUUUAUCCAUAAAUAUCAGUAUAUAAUUUAUUCCAUAUCCUGUUGGCCACUAAUAAAUGAUUAGGCCCAUGUAUGUGCCAGUUUUUGUUAUGCUGCAAAUUAGAAAAACCAAUUAGGAAAAGUAAGGUGCUCAAAUCAAUCAGUACUCUACAUGAAAACCAAUUUAAACAAAAAAAUGGAAGAUACUGUUGACAACAUAAAUAAUGACAACAGUAAUAGUUUUUGUUAGUAACAUAUAAUUUGUAUAGAAUGCUGUUGCUUUGUUUCUUUUUUAUUUUCCAUAUUUACAAUAGGAAAACAGUUUACUUUGUUAUCUAAUACUAUUACAUCCUGAAAUGCAAAUAUUCAUGUUACUGGCAGUGAACACACUCUGAAAGACUGAACUACUAAGUAUAAAUGUAGCAUACUGCCUUCCUGAUGAAGUAUUACAGUAAUUAUAACAACUAAGUUGUUCUGAGAACUCAUUAAAUUUACGUGAAAAGUAAAUGCAAAUAAUGUGGUCAUGUUUGGUUUGUUAGCAAUUAUUAGUACUCAUAAAAGCAUAUAAAGCAACAUAUCAAGACAAGAGAACAAAAACAUACAAUAUCUGGAUAAGCCAUAAACAAGAUUGUUCAGAUUUAGAACACAUGUAACUGUAACUUAGUGCCAUAACACCCCAAAAAAUUUGAGUAUAUGUGUAAUAAUUGUUUUUAAAUUACCUUUACACAGUUACCACAUUACUAUGUAAAAGAAAAUCUAUGUUUGUGUACAUAAAGAUGAAAUAUAUGUGUGAA